UUCCCCACCUCUAAAACAACGAUGUUGGGAAACGAAACGAACAAGCUGCUGCUCUCCUCGCAGCAGGAAAAACCCAAUCACUACACCUACCUGAAGGAGUUCCGCGUGGAGCAGUGCCAGUCCUUUUUGCAGCACAAGUGCAACCAGCAUCGCCCCUUCGUCUGCUUCAAUUGGCAUUUUCAAAACCAGCGUCGGCGUCGCCCCGUGCGAAAACGCGAUGGGACUUUCAACUACAGCGCGGAUAACUAUUGCACCAAAUAUGACGAAACCACGGGCAUAUGUCCCGAGGGCGACGAAUGCCCCUUCUUACACCGCACUGCAGGAGACACCGAAAGGCGCUACCACCUGCGCUACUAUAAGACAUGCAUGUGCGUACACGACACCGACAGCCGAGGAUACUGCGUCAAGAAUGGACUACACUGCGCCUUUGCCCACGGAAUGCAGGACCAGCGCCCACCGGUCUACGAUAUCAAAGAACUGGAGACCCUGCAGAACGCCGAGAGCACUCUAGACAGCACUAAUGCUCUAAAUGCCUUGGAUAAGGAGCGCAAUCUGAUGAACGAGGACCCCAAGUGGCAGGACACCAACUACGUGCUGGCCAACUACAAAACAGAGCCAUGCAAGCGCCCACCGCGCCUCUGCCGCCAGGGAUACGCCUGUCCACAGUAUCACAACAGCAAAGACAAGCGUCGCUCGCCUAGAAAGUACAAGUAUAGGUCCACUCCUUGCCCCAAUGUCAAGCACGGCGAGGAAUGGGGCGAGCCGGGCAAUUGUGAGGCCGGCGACAACUGCCAGUACUGCCACACACGCACCGAACAGCAGUUCCAUCCGGAGAUCUACAAGUCGACCAAGUGCAACGACGUCCAGCAGGCCGGCUACUGUCCGCGCAGCGUCUUCUGCGCCUUUGCCCAUGUGGAACUGGCCGAGGAGAAGAUGAGGAAUCAAGAGAUAUCACUGAGCGAGUUUAUUUCCCAUGCCUUGCCCGACCUAGAGGCCCAGGAUGUGUUUCAGAGGGGCGACAAUUUGUUAAACAUUGAUGGUAAUAGUACCAAUAAAAUGUUGGUAGAUGCUUUGGAAAACACAACAAAUCCCAGCAAAUUUUUAAGUUUCUCACGACCUAUGGAUAGUCGUUCUUGCUCACUGGACGAUCCGCGCGAGAACUCACUGUCGGCGAGUCUGGCCAAUACUAGCUUAUUAACACGUUCCUCGGCGCCAAUUAACAUUCCUAAUACGACUCUAAGUAACUCAAUAAACGAUUUCAACUCAGGGGGCUUUGCCGUCAACAUUCCCAGCAGCUCGCUCACCUACAGUCCCACCAACCAUGCCAAUCUCUUUAAUGUGGACGCCUUUAACUACGGCGGCUCAAACAAGCUCAGCAAUUCCCUGUCGGCCACACAGAACGAAAGCAGUCUAUUCUUUCCGUCGCGCAUCAUAUCGCCCGGUUUUGGCGAUGGCUUGUCCAUUAGUCCUUCGGUCAGGAUAUCCGAAAUGAACACCAUACGCGACGACAUCAACAGUAGCUCUGUGGGAAAUAGUCUGUUCGAGAAUACCUUGAAUACGGCCAAAAAUGCGUUUAGUCUUCAAUCGCUGCAAUCUCACAACAACAGCGACCUCGGCCGCAUCACCAACGAGCUGCUCACAAAGAAUGCUCAGAUCCACAAGUUAACCGGGCGCUACGAGGACAUGGCUUGCAAGCUGAAGAUUGCCGAGCUGCAUCGCGACAAGGCCAAGCAGGAGGCACAGGAGUGGAAGGAGCGCUACGACCUGGCCCAGAUUCAGCUCAACUUGCCGGCAGAGCUACGGGACUUGUCCAUACAGAAACUUAAGCAAUUGCAGUCAAAACUGCGCACUGACUUGGAGGAGGUCGACAAAGUAUUAUAUUUAGAGAAUGCCAAGAAGUGCAUGAAGUGCGAGGAGAAUAAUCGCACGGUAACUCUGGAACCAUGCAACCACUUGUCCAUUUGCAAUACUUGCGCUGGCUCGGUCACCGAGUGUCCCUACUGUCAGGUGCCGGUGAUAACCACCCACACCUAGAACAUGUUUUAUCAGCAACAGGACCACAAGUGGCCCUUUGGCUGAAAAUCGGAUACGAAAAAUGAUAACGAUGGGAUAUGGAUGGAUCGUGGGGAUCAAGAGCGCGAACAACAUGACAAUGUGAAACUCACAAAGCAAACUUUAGUCAUAAGCACAACGUUGAAACUUUUGAUCGUUUAGGAGAUGCCACAUGCCAAUACACAUGUGCAUGUGGCAAAGAAUAUAUAAUUUAUAUUUCCACUCUACGCAAAUUAUGCAAAUUAUCGUCAUGAAUAUUAGCAAUUACUAGGCACAAACUAUAAAUUGAUUUAGAUAGCAGAUCUAAACAAAUAAGUGUAUGAUUUUAUUUUUGUUUAUUUUUUACUCAAAACAACUACAGGAACAUUCGCAAAAAAAAAUUAAAUUUGUAUUUUUUUUUUCUAUCGUUGCAUAACCAAUUCUUUUAAUUUUGUUUUAAUUUUUUCAGUGUUUUAGGCUUACUUAUUUUUUUUAUAUCUAAACAACUGCACGAAUUUGCAAUAUUUCUCAUAUACUCUUAUUUUAUCAACAUAUAUUAUUUUGUGUAUCUUUUUAUUUGUAUUUUGAAUAUGCUUCACUUUCAGUCAUAUUGUACUUUUCACUAGUAUUACUUAAGAAAUGAAACUAAACCAUUACAAAAUGUAAUUGGUUAAAGAUAUGAUAUAUAUAAAAUAUAUUAAUUUUUCUAGACACUUUUAGCAAUUGACUAUUAACAAAUUUAUAGAAACCAACAAAUUGAACAAGUUAAUAAUCUUAAACAAUUUAUUGUCGCAUAGAAGAGCAGCAAACAACCAUAAGCAAACAAAAACCACCAGUGAUUUUAUAUAAGCCGAUUUUCAAACUGUAUUUUAUAUGUAUGUGUUUCAAACUUGUGAAAACAAACGACAACUAAAAGCCAAGACAAGCGUCAUAAAAUCUAUGUAACUGACAGAUAAACAAUCUUAGUCAGUAUUUUGCUUUUAUAUUAUUAUUCCAACUGCACAGAAGUAAUUAUAGACAUUAGAAUGACUUGUAACUGAAUGCGACAACGCCGCUUUUCCUUAUAGAAGCGUUAAUUUUGUUUUGUGAAAACCAAGUUAAAUGUAUUAAGACACUUUGCUAUUAUUUUGGCUUUGGUGGGUGCACCGUCGGUAAUAAAAUGCCAAUAGCGAGCCACAAAAUUACAAACUUACGUAUAUACUCUAUUAGGUUAUUGUGUGAUUUAUGUAGUCCUUUAAGUACUUACUUUGCAACUGACUUCAAUCUUCAGUUUACUUUCAUAGUCUCAACUGGACGCUUCCAAUGUAGUAAAAGCAAAAAGAAUCGUCAAUGCCAGAACGUAACAUAUAAGAAUAUCAAAAUCAAGCAUUCGGCUAAUGGUACAAGAACGAAUAUGCAUAGAUAUAUAUAUUUAUGAAACAUUUGAAAGCAGAUUCGAUAAGCGUGAUGUAGAAAGCAUAAACUAUAAAAGUAACUUAAUACAGCGAAAUGAACAGAGUUUGAAGAAAAUGUUAACCAGAGUUAAUGUAAAACCGUCUUCAAAAACCAUUGUAUUUUUUUGUGCGAAAAUAAAGUUAUCAAACGUAAUCAAUUGGUAGCUGUGGUCAAUGUUGUAUGAAACUGAAACAUGUUGUUAGCUAGUUGAGUUAAAUUGAAAAAUCAUGUAAUCAAAACUGGGCUGUUUUGGGAAAGAAAUAAAAAUGCAACAGCAUAGGCAUUUAUUGGAAACAAGAGCAACACUAUGAAUAUAUACAAAAUAAAAGAAAACUUUGAAAUACAUUAUUACAAAGCUAAAUAGAAAAGGCAGCGCAAAGGCUUUUAUCUCUGUGUGUGUUUGUGUUGUUUUUUGUAGAAGCCAAAUAAUCAAGAAAUACAAAUUAAUAAACAUAACAAUAAAAAAUGUGUGUUAACUUGUAAUGCUUUAAUAGUUUAUGACAAAGGUGUACACAAAAAAACUAAAAAAUCACGAAAACAAAAACGUAAUGAAUUGGUUUUAUAAUGGAGCUGUUGAGUCGCAAUUCCCGUGUGUGUAAUACCAAACUUAAAUGCAUGCACAAUUCUCAGAAUAUCCUUGACUCUCAUCGACCGGGCACAGUUUAAAAAUUUGCUAAUUUACUUUACUUAUAAAUCUCUACGAAUGUACAUGGGAGAUCUAUCGACUUACGGGUUUUCCAACCUCAAUCCAAACCAACAAAUGCAAAGCAAUUUACAACAUGUCAAGAAAUCCAUUUCACGCCAUCUCAACUGUGAGGAAUCAAAUCAGAACCCAGAUCGAAAAGUAUAUGUACGUUACAUACAUAUAUAUUUAUAGAUGACACAUGUAUUUUGUAUACGCUACUGUAAGAGUGAUUUUUAUGUGAUUUUGAAACUACUUGAAUAUGUGAUCCAGAAAUAUAUAAAAAACAAAAAGAACAAAAAAAUACAAAUAUUUAUAUAUAAAUGCAAGCUAGCGACAGCAAACAGCAAUAAAACAAACCAAAUUGUAAACCAACUUGACUUUAUGUACAACAACAAUGACAACAAAGAAAUAUGUUGUAAAGCUCCAGCUCCAUUUAGAAAACGAAAUGCAAAGAGGAGAAAUUUAAUAGUUGAAAAAAUGGAUACGCAUAGAAUACCUAAAAAAUUGUCUUACACAUUUAGACCAGAACGUGAAAUCAAUCGUAAUGAAAUGAACAGCUAUAUUAAAUGUCUAAAAUAUCAAAUUAAUUUAGCAAAUAAGCGUUCCCAAACAUUAGUUUUAACUAAUGAAAUAACAAACGAGUAACUAAAGCAAAGGCAAUUACUUCUACACAAUUAGAACAAAGAACAAAUGUUUGCUACCAAUUGUUUCAACUAGUUAACUCUAAAUAAAUUAACAAAUUAUAGAAAACUGAAACUAAAGGUUUAAAAUGAUAAGUUAACCACAAAUAGCAACCGAAAACAAGACAACUCUGAACACCGAACAGGAAUUUUAAAGAUGAAAUCGCGGAGACCGAGCAAUUUGCAACCGAAAGUACUGUCUAGUAUUUUAAACUUGUCUACAACAAUUAUGAAUCAAGUAGAUUUAUGCAAUUUUGUGCGAACCAAACCCACACAGACACACACAAUAAGUGAAACACGAUAAACUAAGUGAAAUAAAUUUGAAUGAAAUUAUUUUUUUCUAGAAUACUACAAAUGUGUGUCAAGACCUAAAUGAAAUAAGCAGAAUUUGAAACUUUUACUAGAAAUAAACGCUGAACUAGACUCGAAAAAAUUCGACAGCUCUUCAUAAGUUAACUUACAACUAGCCUAGGCUAUAGGUAAUAUGACAAAUAUAUUUACUAUUUACCCGAAUAGAAUAUCAAUGAACAUUUUACAAUUCAUUUGCGGUUUAUGUGUUCUAUAUCUCCCUUGAGCUAAGAUCAGUUUAAAUAUUGUAUCUUCUUUGUGUUUACCUCGGUUUAUAUAACAUCUGUCGAAUAAUAUUAACAUCGAUCCACUGAUAUUGGUCAGAUGUCAUAAAGCUUUUGGCUUAUAAAGUUUCUUAUCGGGGAUUAAUUGCCGCGGAAACAGGGCCAUAGCAAUUUAUUUUUAUCACUUGCAGUAUAAAUUAAAGUACAUUCUCCUGGUAUAAUAAAACUUAAAGACCAAAAACAAUAUUUGCUUAACGACGUUCAUAUGAUUUCAUUAUUUUGUUCGUUCUCUUCGUAGUGACUCGAUUUGUUUCCUCGCCUCACCAAGCAAAUGUUGUGUGUUAUUGCUAUAGAUAUUGACAAAAGUGAAAAAAUAUACAUUUAGAGAGAAACAGGAUCAAUAAAAUCGUGUUGUAAUGCUUGGCAAAUGAUCAGAGCGAAAGAAUUGACAAAGCUACAAACAAUAGACUCCGACUCAAAAACACCCUUCCACAUUGUAGACAAUGCAACCUUAACAAAUCAAUUAUUUAACUAGUUAUGCCCACAGAGGAUAUGAAUACAAAUAUUUGAAUAUUUAUAUAUAUAACAUAUUACCUAUGAUAGCAAUAUCAAAAUAUUAUCAAGCAAAUUGUGUAGCAAUUUAUUUAUGUAUUUCGAAUCAAGAACAAAUGUUUGUCCAAGGCGACCAGAAAAGCAACAAAAGCAUCUGCCUCAAUCCGAAUAUACACACCUCUAUAUAUAUAUUUACGAACCUAAGUGUUGGCAAUAAUCGAGUGGACAGCAGGAGUUUCUAUAUAGGCAUUUGCUAAGGAGAGUUACUACUAUGUAAACUAUGCAAUUAACAAAUUGAUAAAUACAAAUUACUAUUUAAAAGAAUGAUUAAUAAAACCGUGUUUAAAGCAA